UGAACAUCAAUCUCCCACAUUCGCGAGUCGCCAGACGGCAGAAGGACCUCGAACAUCAUACAAUAUCAUCAUGCCAAACGAUCGCAAGUGCACAGUCCGGAUUGCUCCAAGGCAGUGGGGCUGUUUGCCUCAUAGAGACGGCUGAAGCUGGAUUUCGUGAUCCAUUCGUCCAAGCUUGGCGUGACGUCACAUUGUGUCACGGGUCGCCAGUGCAAGCCAUCGUUGCGUGCCGCGAGUACAAAAGCAUCCUGCACCGCUUGUCUGUCUGCCAUCAUCACCACUCAGAUACCCAUCACACUACUUUCCACCAACUCUUCCAUCUCCUACACCAUCACAUCAUCCACAAUGGCCUCUCUCAGCUACCUCCCUCCCGUCAAGCCCUCUGCCAUCGCCCUCGGCACGGCCUUCAACCACGCUGUCUCCCUUGCCGUCCUCGGCCCCGUUUUCGGUGACGCCUACCGCCGCGCACAGCAGGCCAACUCCAAGGAGGAGUACUUCCACUCCAAGGAGGCUGCCACCGCCGCCGCGUCGUGGGGUAGCUCCAUUGUCGGCUCUGCCGUCCAGUCAUACGGUGUUGGUGCUCUCAUCAACGCUACCGGCACCCUCACCUACAAGGGCGCUGCUUACCUCGGCUCCUUGAUCUUCUUCGCUUCCGCUGCUCCCUCUAUCGUCUCCCAGGUCCUCACCGAGAAGCGUCCUCUUGACACCAUCGCCGUCGGCGCUGUUGCCCGCGUCCUCGAGACCGUCGGUCUCUCCCUGUUCCUCACCUACUGGGGCACCCGCACCAACCCCUUCGAGUAA